ACGGAUGAGGAAGGAGGGGGGGGCGGGGGGCGAUGGGCAUGCAGGGGUGGGAGGGCGACGCCAGGGAGGCGGGGGGGGGGGGGGGGGGAGGAUGAGGGGGAGGACGAUGAUGCCGGAGAGGAGGAGGAGGAGGAGGAGGAGGAGGAGGAGGAGGAGGAGGAGGAGGAGGAGGAGGAGGAGGAGGAGGAGGAGGAGGAGGAGAAGGGGGAGGAGGAGGAGGAGGGGGAUGAGGAGGAUGAGGAGUACAACGGGGAGGGGGAUGAGGAGGGGGGUUAUGAGGAGAAGGUGGAUGGGGAUGAUGUUGAGGAGGAAGAGGGGUAGGGCCUUGGAGAGGCCUUUGGUGGAGGGAUGGAGGGGUCAAAAGGGAAGCGCAAGAAUGCAAUGGCCUCCCAACUGUCCGGGGUCCACGCAGCCAUAACUGGGGUGCCACAAGUCGACACGC